GCCGCAGUAAAAAGCUGAAAUCCUAACCUAGCCGCCCAUCUAUCGCCAUAUUAUCCUGCGUUGGCUUGGAUUUCCCCCAAACUAGAACUCGCCAACUGAAGGAACAGACGAUCGUCCUCUUCCCGCAAUGGCGGAUGCUCAAACUGAAAAACCCCUUUCCCUUUCCGAGCAAUAUGCACUUCAGGAGAAAGAGGAAAAAUCAGAUGUGACUACAAAACCAGCAGAAGCAAAAGAGGUUGAAAAUCCUGUAAAUGCAGCCACUGGUUCUGGGGAUGUUGUAACUGAGAAAUUGGAGGAGACUUCUGCCGAUCCAGUUGAGGGAAGCACUGAGGCCCCUCCUCCUGCUGCUGAAGAAAGCACUGAAGCAAAUCCUGCUACUGGGAACAGUGGUGAAGAUGCUGCAGAGGAAAACUCGGGUGACUCUGAGGAAACUCCAGAGAUAAAGCUUGAGACUGCCCCAGCGGAUUUCCGCUUCCCAACUACGAACCAAACAAGGCAUUGCUUCACACGAUAUAUUGAGUACCACCGUUGUGUAGCUGCAAAAGGAGAAGGUGCUCCAGAGUGUGAUAAGUUUGCAAAAUAUUAUCGCGCCUUGUGUCCUGGAGAAUGGAUAGAUCGAUGGAAUGAGCAAAGGGAGAAUGGUACUUUUCCAGGUCCUCUCUAGAUGGGAUGGUACCCCUAUUGUAGCCGAAAAAUCCCUGUUUUGACUUUUUUUUUCCUCUGUUAUAUCAAACCGUUACAAUUGAACCACAGAUGAAUUUCCAGGAUGAAAGCAGAAUUUCUCAGGAAAUAUCCAAUUUGAAAAGGAUGAGUUAAUAAUAAAAUUUGGCGUGUACCCUAGCUUAGACUAGAUCAAUGGACCAUACAAUUGUGUUGCUCAUAAAUGGAAAUUCAUUGCUCAUCGGUUCCCAUGUUGGAACCCGUUUUAUUUC